CUUACAGAUGCUCUGUUAAAGUUGUGGAGACAUGAGGGGUUGAGAGGUUUAUACAAGGUAACCUUCAUAUGUAUCGGUUGACAGCUUUUUGAUUGAUUGAUCAAGUUAAAAAUUGAGAUUAUUUUGACUGUGUGUGCUUGUCUUGCGGUGAAGUAUGCAGGGUAUUGGUCUCUAAUAAAGUCAAUCAAAUCCAAGAAGUCACAAGUGGUGUGUACCGCUCCAUGUGUACCUUAAUACCUUCGGCUUAAGUACAAAAAAAAUAAUGAAAUAAAAUGUAGUACAAUAGAGGAAUUAUUAAAAAUAUAUACAGUCUUUAGUUGUUAGAUGUGCAUGGGAGAUUCAAUAGUGAAAGUGUAAAAGUGUUCUUAUGGAGCACAAUUUGAAAACUGUACACCAAUACAUUGGGCCUAUUUUUUUAAGUGACUCAUUGUUUGGUACUCUGAUUGCAGAGAACUUUAGGUAUCUCACAGAUGUAGGUCUGCAUGAUGCAAUUACAAUUAUGUCUUCGAUAUUCACUUUUGUAGUUAGUAUGCUUUGGUUGCUGCAUAUGCACUAAGCCAACAGUGGUUUUCAAACCUCCUUAAAAAAAGGAGGAAAAAAAACAAUCAAAAAGAGAAAAAGGGAAGGAAAGAGCAAGAACAAAAGAGAAGCACAAACAUCAGUCUUAGAGUCAGCAACCAUACAAAGCUAUUUCAGCCUUUUUUAAGACCUCGCUAUCUUUGCCUAGCUUAGAGUUUACCUGAGUUUAUGUGUUUGGAUGGAACAUGAAGUUUGCUCAUGUCAUUUUAUUUUACUUCACCAGUGUUACGUUCCAGGUAUUUUUGGCGUAUCGCACGGAGCACUGCAAGGAGCUGAAGAAAGGCUACAGUCAAUAUUUUGGAACACCAAUCAACAAGAAACUGGAACGAAACUUUACUCUCAACUCCCCUCUCCACCGAGAAGGAUUGAUAAGAAUCAACCUUUUGCCCCCCCCCCAAGAUUGACUGACAUCUAACUUCUCCUUACAAUAUCACCUCUGAAUCACACAUGGAGGUCAUGAGAAUAGAGGAAAUAUUCAGCCUCCGAAAAAGUUCUUGACUGUUUAAGAAAUUCUCCUUGUCAGUAUCUUUGGAAAUGUACAGAGAACAGUAUGGAGAAUAUGGAUACUGAUGAUAGGGUGUAAAGGGUCAACACGAACACAUGUAGUGGCCAGUGGCGAAUGCAAAGGGAGAACACGAGAGAGGGAAGGGUGGGGGAAGUUUUUGGCUUCUCAUCUUGAGUAGUAAUCCUCCAUGACGAGCUUCAGCAUUUUGAAGCUACAACUGACGCCCAAACGACAACCUUAAUACCUUUGUUGUGCACGUGGCUGUUAGGAAGGUACUUAUGGGAUGACGUUUAUUAUUAUGUAACCGUGGGUUAUCUUGGGAAUCACUCUGAAGUGCUGAAAAUAUAGUAUUUCUUUUUUUUAUAUAAAGUGUUUUGCUCUAUAAUUUAUGUUUUGCUAACUUUCAUUUUCUUCAUAGAGUUCAACUGAGUACCUUGUAAUGGCUUCACUGUCGAAAAUUUUCGCCGCAACAGCGACAUAUCCUUAUCAAGUGGUUAGAGCAAAACUUCAGGUUAGAAUGGGAGAUUCAUUAGCAAAUUAUUAACCUUUUGACAUAGAUUUAGAUUUCGUUUUACUGUUGUAUGCUAUUCUCUUGAAAUAAACUUGUAGUUUAAGGCUGUUUUUUAGUUUUCAGGCCGGUGAUCUCAUCGGUUGGUUUACUGGACUCCAGUUUGAUGUGGCCUGUGCUCGGGCCUCGAGCCUCAGCUAGGUCAUUGUGUCGGUUCCUUGGGAAAAGAUUCGUUAGCACCACACAUCCCCCCUCCCAGUGUUUCAAAUGGGCACCAACAAAAGGCCAGGGAAACCCUACAAUGAGGAUAAAUACCAAAUCUCACGAGGGAGAGUAGCUUUCACCCUCUUUCACUCUCUCUAUUCCUCUUAAGAAACACGGAUCCAAGAUGGUUAUGAGAACGCUCGGCGCGAAAGUUUUGAUCCUGUGCCCAUAAAAUUAGCUAAAACCAAUUGAGUAUAUCUGGAGCUGUCUCUAAGCAAGUCUGUUUUGUUAAAUCGUUCAGUAUUUACUGUUUCUUGCUGUCAUUUAUUGUUCAUGAAUUUUACUUUUCUAAAGAAUCAGUACACGAUGGUGGAAUACAAAGGCGCGUUGGAUGUGAUUAGUAAGACUUUCAGGUAAGUUGGAACUUGACAUGAGGACUUAAAGCUUUCGAUACGUUAUAGACUAGCUUUCCAUCUCUAGUCAGUUCAAACCCUCUACAUUAAAAAGAGAGGUACAUGUUUUGCCCGUUUGAAACAAUUUGACAAAGAAUUGGACCAAAAUUGGUGGAGAACUGAAACCAGCUUGUUUGAGAACUGGAUCCAAUUUCGGAUUGACUUACGGCUUAGUGGUAAAGUCCACAUUUUUUAUGAAAGAAAGUAUUCUUCUUUUUCUGGCCUCUCCUCACGGCAGGUUCUUUUCAAAAUCUUAGGCAUGAAGGAGUAACAGGAUUUUAUAAAGGAUUAAUUCCCAGUGUCCUCAGGUAA